UGUUCGUCUCAACGGUUGAUUUCUCCUCAUUGAAGACCUCCUCACUCAGUCAUUUCGUCUUCGCCUUCACACCAUCUCCACUCUUUUGGUUCCUUGAAUCAAGCCCUAAUUUCACACACAUAGUGGCCAUGGCAGCUCCGGACAUGACAAUGAAGCUUCUGAUCGACACCAGAGGCCGCAGAGUCCUCUAUGCCGAAGCAGGUAAAGACGUUGUUGACUUUCUAUUUAGUAUUCUGUCACUGCCUCUUGGUUCUGUCACAAGGCUUCUAACUUUGAAUGAAGUGGUGGGUAGCGUUGGAAAUCUGUACCAUAGUAUUAAGGAUUUGAACGAUGCGUAUAUGCUGCCCAAAAAAAGUAAAGAAAUGCUUCUGAAUCCAGUACUCGCAAACCCCAGUGCUGCAAAUGUUCCUCUUUUGUUGCCAAAUAAUCAUCAACCAUCAACCCAGAAACCCUUGUAUAGGUGUAGUGGCAACGGUCAACAUUUGGCUUUCGGUCCUCCCGGUCCCAGUGGUCAUUGUGUUCCAUAUGUGAGUUAUCAACUUAACCAAAGUUGUCCAAAUUGCAAUAACUUGAUGAACAGCAAAGCGACCAUUGUUGGUCAAGUGGAGGAGGGGCCCUCUUCUUUCAAGGGUGGUUUUGUGCAGGGAUUGGUGACUUAUAUGAUAAUGGAUGAUCUGGUGGUGAAGCCUUUGUCUACCAUUUCAAGUAUUGCUUUGUUUCACAAGUUCAAUGUCAAGGAAAUGGGUUCUCUUGAAGAGAAGACAGUCAAUCUAACCAUGGAUGAGGGUAAGAAGUUGUUGAAGGCUUCUUUGCAGUCUAAGACUGUCCUAACAGAUGUUUUCUUUGAAGAAAAGAUGGUGGUAGAGGAAAAGAUAUCAAUAGACUCAGUUGAGUGAUGUUAUUAUAUUUUGUUGCUACAUUACAUAGCCAUGGCUGGGGAUUUUGUUAAUAGGAAGGUACUUGGAAUAUCUCUACCGACUACAGUCUUGGAUGUAGUCUUAUCGUCUUUGUUGGAUGAUAUUUUCGAUCUUGGUGAGGUAAUAUCUCAGUAAUCUUUAGUUCUUGUUUUAUGAGUAUAUUCGAAUCAUUUUGGGUAUUUUGUUAAAAGGCAGGUACUAUGAAUAGCUCCACUGCCUUGAGUUUAGUCUGUUUGCCAUUGUUGGAUGCUGUUUUGGAUUUUACUGAGGUGAUAUCUCAGUAGUCUCUUGUUCCAUGCUAUCAUUUUGGGAUGAAUUUUGAAGAGAAUAUGCACUGCAGUAUAUAUAUUUUUGUA